CCGGGCUGUGUAGGCGUGCCCUGGACUAGAAGUCACUGCAGUCUGAAUUACUGCAACUUCUCCAAGUUUAGGAAAAACUGCGCCGUCUGCCCAGUGCUUUGCAAAGCGCUUCAGUCCCCUCACAAUAAAUCACCCACCUCUUCCAGUUUGUUCUACCCUGCUUUGCCUUAUCAUGCAUAACAGCCAUGUCAUCCAUGUGCUCUUCUCGCUUCUCUGCAUCGCAUUGAGUGCCCAGUCUGAGCCAGAGAUAGACGAAGUGGUUCCCAGGCUGCUGUCCGGGCAGGAGGCGCACCUGUCCCCGGACCACACUGCGCGCACACUGCGGCGCCGCGGCCAGCGCUCCCUGGACGACCCGGGUGGAGGACAUUCUGACCCGGAUAACAUCAUUCUUUCACUGCCCGCUUUCGGAAGGAGCCUGUAUUUAAACCUGACGCGGGACAGCGCCUUUCUGUCAGGGGACUUCGUGGUCGAGGAGAGGCUUGGGGAGCAGAGCGCAGCGGUGAACCGCUUAUCCACGAAGCACCACUGCUUUUACUCCGGCUCCAUCAUUAACCACACUGACUCCCAGGCAUCACUGAGCACCUGUGGCGGCCUGAUUGGGCUCAUCCAGCUCGGGGAGGUCAGCCUAUUCAUUCAGCCGGUGGGUGAAAAUGGCCCCUCUCAAUCGUUCUCCGGACUAAAACACCGGCUGCUGCGACACAGACGCUGUGCCAAGACCAGCUCUGCUCCAGAUGUUGACCAGUCGAAUUACUGUGGGACUGUACACGGAAAAAAAAAGAAGAAGAUGUCAAAAGUGGAUGAAGAGGGUCGCGGCAAGAGAGACGUCAUUCGCUUACACGAGGCAUACACAGUGGAGACGGUGGUGGUGGCAGACUCCGACAUGGUGCAGUACCACGGGGCCGAGGCAGCACAGAGGUUCUUGCUGACAGUCAUGAACAUGGUCUACAACAUGUUCCACCACCAGAGUCUGGGAGUCAGGAUCAACAUUCGUGUCACCAAGCUGGUGUUGCUUCACAGACGUCCAGAAAAGCUUAAGGUGGGCCAUCAUGGAGAAAGAUCUCUGGAGAGCUUCUGUCAUUGGCAGUAUCAGGAGUUUGGGGGACCCCGGUACCUCGGCACCAACCACGUUCCAGGGGGAAGGGAGGACAUCCCACCAGUGGACGCUGCUGUGCUGGUCACCAGGACAAAUUUCUGCGUUCAUAAAAACGAACCCUGUGAUACUGUGGGUAUUGCUUAUCUGGGGGGUGUCUGCAGUGCCAGAAGGAAGUGUGUGUUAGCAGAGGACAAUGGACUCAAUCUGGCCUUCACCAUUGCUCACGAGCUGGGACACAACAUGGGCAUGAGCCAUGAUGACGACCAUGCCACCUGCACUGGUCACUCGGACAUCAUGUCCGGGGAAUGGGUGAAAGGAAGAAACCCCAGCGACCUGUCCUGGUCCUCCUGCAGCCGCGACGACCUGGAGAACUUCCUCAGGUCCAAAGCAAGUGGUUGCCUUCUGCACACCGACCCCAGAAGACGUUACCAGGUCCGGCUUCCUCCCAAGCUGCCAGGCAUGCACUACAGCGUGGAUGAACAGUGCCAGAUCCUGUUUGGAUCCAAUGCCACUUUCUGCAAUGACAUGGAGCACUUGAUGUGCGCUGGCCUGUGGUGUUUAGUAGAGGGAGAUGCUUCCUGCAAGACCAAACUGGAUUCUCCUCUGGAUGGAACGGAGUGUGGCACAGACAAGUGGUGCAGGGCAGGCGAGUGUGUCAGUAAGACUCCCAUCCCUCAGCAUGUGGACGGAGACUGGAGUCCAUGGAGCCAGUGGAGCAUGUGCAGCAGGACCUGUGGUACUGGAGUCCAGUUCAGACAAAGGAAAUGUGACAACCCUCCGCCUGGACCUGGUGGACGACACUGUCAGAAGUCCAGUGUGGAGCACAAGGCCUGUGAACGUCCUCCCUGUCCCAAGGGAGCGCCCAGCUUCAGAGACCUGCAGUGUCUGUCUUACAAUCAAAAUGAAAGCAGCAAGAAGACGGGCAGCAUGCUUACUGCUAUUAUUAAUGAUGAUAAGCCGUGCAUGUUGUUCUGCAGCCCAGUGGGUCGAGAUGUUCCAGUCCUGAUGGCUGACAGAGUGAUGGACGGGACGCCCUGCGGACCAUACGAGGCUGACCUGUGUGUGAAUGGAAGAUGUCAGAAAAUUGGCUGUGACGGCAUCAUCGGCUCUUCAGCCAAAGAGGACCGCUGUGGUACUUGUAAUGGAGAUGGGCACUCCUGUAAGAUAGUGAGAGGAGACUUCAACCACACCAAAGGAAUGGGUUACAUCGAAGCUUUGGUUAUCCCUGCGGGAGCCAGGAGGAUCAAAGUUGUGGAGGACAAACCCUCACAUAGCUUUCUGGCUCUACAAGACUCCAGUAAAGGGUCCAUCAACAGUGACUGGAAGAUCGAGCUUCCAGGAGAGUUUCAGUUGGCCGGGACCACGGUGCGCUAUGUUAGAAGGGGACUUUGGGAGAAGAUGUCUGCCAAGGGACCCACUAAUACACCCUUACACCUGAUGGUGCUGCUCUUUCAUGACCAGACCUACGGUAUCCACUAUGAGUACACAGUGUCCCUGAACACCACUCAAGGCAGGAGCAGUGAGGAGCCAAGGGAGCCAGAGUAUCUCUACAUCUGGACGCACAGCAGUUGGCAGGACUGUACUGUCCAAUGCGGAGGAGGUGAGAGGAGGACAGUGGUUUCCUGUAUGAGGAUAGUCAAUAAAUCCAUGGAGGCUGUCAACAAUAGCUACUGUCAACCUGAGAACCGACCACACCCCCAAGUACGACUAUGCAACUCCCAUCCCUGCCAGUACCGGUGGGUGACAGGAGAGUGGGGAUCCUGCUCCGUCACAUGUGGUAAAGGUGUUCAGCAGAGGGACGUGGCUUGUGUUUACCAUUUUCAGAAUGGCUCACUCAUCCACACCAGGGAUCUGUAUUGCCAAGGAGGAAAACCUCCUGUUGUGCAGGGCUGUGAGGGCCGCCUCUGCCUCACUUUGUGGGAGGCUUCAGAAUGGUCCAAGUGUUCAUCGGGCUGUGGUCCAGGUGUUCACAAGCGCACAGUGUCAUGUACAAACCAGGGUCUGUGUGAUCCUCUGUCCCAGCCCACUCAGGAGGAGCCCUGUGAGGACUACUCCAGAUGUUACGAAUGGAAGACUGGAGACUGGUCCAAGUGCUCAUCAUCCUGCGGGAAGGGCCUGCAGUCGCGAGUGGUCCAGUGUAUGCACAAAGUGACUGGUAACGACUGCCCAGUGACGCUGAGACCACCGACCUACCAGCCCUGUCAUCAUGGUACCUGCAACGACAAAAUCAAUGUGAACACCAUCACCUCUCCCAGGCUAGCUGCUCUGACCUACAAAUGCAUGGGGGACCAGUGGACGGUGCACUGUCGUGUGAUCCGAGAGAAGAACCUCUGUCAGGACAUGAGGUGGUACCAGCGCUGCUGUGAAACCUGUAGGGACUUUUAUGCCAAGAAAAUACUGCACAAGAGCUAAUGACCAAAUGCACCUACUUUUCCUCUACAUAACGCUCCUUUUUGUAAAUGUUUUUAAUAUUGUUAAAUGUUUCUACUGUUGAUGAAACUUAUUGUAUUUAAAAAAGAAAAGAAAAUGGCAAGUACACAUAAAUGUACAUUUUAAA